CAUGUGGGUGGCAGUGGAGGUAAAGACCUUAGUGGGAACAAGCGAACAAACAAGGCCCACUCAUUUGAUCAGACAUUUGAGAAGAUGAAUGAGUCUCUACGAGUGAGUUGCAAAAAGGGUUAUCCUGUUCGUGUU